CUUUGUCAUUGCGCUCUACAGAAUCGGCUGCCUGCCCCUUUAACGGGACUUACUGCGGAGAUUCGGCGCGCAGCGAGACACCGCUGACUUUCUAUUUAUAGCCAGUCUGUCCUGGGAACUGGUGGCGUCAGGAGAGGUCCCUCCAAAGCACGGGAAGAUGUUUUGUCCGGCGAUUUACUGCUUUGUCCUCUUAACAGGGUCACUUGUCUAUGGAAACACAACAUUAUCUACGAUAGAGCCAAACACCAGCCUUCUCUCCUCCGUAUCAAGCUGGACAGCAUCAACGAGUCCAACACCAUCUGCCAGUGUUGUCACCAGUCAAUACUCUGUUUCUACAUACUCAGAUUCCACCGCGGUAUCGCCCACAAAGCCAUCGAUAGCCACAUCCACAAACUCAUCAUCAGCUAAUGCCACAACGAAUACAACAGCCAUGCCCAUGGACUCAUCCACAGUCGAUGUUAAUUCCUCAUCCACGGUUAACGGCACGUCCUCUAAACCUACCAGUUUACCACUAACCAGCAUCACUCUCCCUCCGGAUUCCAAACCCAUGGCAAGCUCAACCCCCAACUCAACAACUGCUGCCGUGGGGCCUGGUAUGACGAGCACAAAGGCAGAGAGAACGCGUUCGACGCAGAUCCCAGCUUUAAGCUCCACAGCCAGGAUGAGCAACACAGUGCUGCCACAGACCACCUCAGGAAAGGCCGAGAUCGACGUAACGGAGCCCACAGCCCUCAGUGCAGCCAGCGUUGUGGCCAUAGUGCUCGUCGUCAUUGUCAUUGUCAUCGUGGUGUUUGGGGGAGCCUACUACCUUAAGAUGAGAAGAUCUUCGUAUGGUCGCCUCCUCGAAGACACCGAGUACAGCACCGUCGGCAACUUCCAGAAUCCACUGUACGAGCACUGAGAAGCCAAGCCUCUCGCUGGCUUUCAGGAUGGAGGUCUGCCCCCGAGAUGCCGCCAGAAGGAAUGGGGAUGUGUCAGCUGUCCACACCAACUGCCUUCCCUAAAAUGUGACUGUGACACUUUAUUGGUGUUAUUCUUUGUUUCUGCUGUUUUUAUUUUUUUUAUCGGCUAAUCUCUAGAUGUGACUUGAAUUUAUUUUAAAAUUCUCUUUCCUGUAAAUAGACAAUGCGAUUUUUGCAACGAGUGCAGGUGUGUGAUAAUGUUUCCUUACCUACUUGACAGUUAAGCUCUGAUGAUGAACGUACACUCAGGACAGGAAGUGGUUUUGACUGGCAGUCACUUUCAGGAAGUGCUGCCUGAAAGGCCGCAGGCACACGUCAGGGCCCAGACACAGCCUCUUCUUCUCAAACGUUCCUCAGAAUCUUUUGUUGAAAGGUGGUUUUAUUUCGUUUUUGAAGAUUAACAUGUAGCAGAGUUCAGUUCAGCAAAAAAAAAAAAAGUCACAGUCACAGAGGACUCAGCUGGUUGGCUGAAACAAAACCUUGGUCUAGGUUUCUACUUACUGGACCGGAAUUUUCCACCUCUGUCUGUAAUGGAUUAUAUUUGUGAGUAAGAUCCGCACCAAUGGAUAUAAUCAACAGACUGUUGGUUAAAAAUUAGAGGAUCAGAGAACUUAGACUCGCCAUUCAGUAGGAGGAUCUUCUUCCAUCCUCACAGGUCCUGCUUCCUCCUCCUCCUCCUCCUCUCUGUCUUCUUCUUGGUAGCCUUUCUGCGCUCUGCUAAUCAAAAUCUGAUCCUUACCUUGUUACUGUGAGUACUGCUGCACACCAGCCCAGGGCCUCAGAAGUGUUCCUCCAAAAGGGAUGAUUUCACAAGCUGACAGGAUGCUGUGGUUGGCAUCUUUCACAAGGUCAUAAAGAGAAGGGUUUACAAAGCGUGCGGUUGUGUUACACUGGUUAAAGAAAGUGUUCAUCCCGAGUUUUAAAAAAGUCGUGUUAGAAACAACGAAUAAAAAGAUUAAAGACUGUUU